AUGAUGCAUGUUGCCGCGGUGCUUUCGGCCUUCGUGGUCGCCUGGGGUGCUCGACCCAGCCUGGAAUCAAAGUCGUUGUCGUUGCACAUGGAGCGAUCCCCGAAAGAGAAGUUGCAAGCGUGGAAGAUGAAGGAUGACGGCCGCUUCAAGGAUCGUUGCUCCUUUUGGGGAGCUUCGUUUGACGAAGAGGAUGGUAUGUGCAGAUGUGGAGAAGAUUCGGAAAGCAACCCUCUUCAGUUGGUUCCAAGAUGCAUGGUGGGACCUUAUGCUAAAUCGUUUCAUCCAUCAGCCUACAAAGGGCUCGAUGACCAGCUUUGGAAUGUGAACUGCAGAUGCGAGACCAAAGCCCGAAAGCAGGCUUUGCCUGAUGACACAGAUCUGCUCCGCAUUGCAGCUGUUGACUUAUGCGUCAAUCUUCUCAAUAAAUUUGAUGGGAAGUGGGAGUGGGACAGCCAGUUUUUCACCAAGGAUUAUAGCCAGUCUGCGCGCAAGGCCACGGAAGGGUUGGACGCCAGCAAAUGUGCUGAAUCCUUGGAGGACGUGGAAAAGGCAAAGAUUUCACAGGGCAGUGGCAGCACGGCCUUCUGGCAGACGGCCUUGAAGCACGUCUGCCAUGAAGAGUGUGAGGAGAUUGUGGACGAGAUGAAGCGGCAAAGUGAGGAAGUCCUGGAGGUGGUUUCGGGUAGGCGGGAAGCCUCCUACAGCGACGCUUGCAGCAUGUUUGUGGUGCGAAAGGUUGAGUCUCACAUCCUAGGUUGCUGCGGAGACAGCUGUGGCUGGGAUGGGGCAAAGUGCGCCCUUGGAAAGAUUUCAGAUUUCUGUAACCUUUUUUCGCAAAGAUUCUCGAAAUUUGAGUGCAGACUUCCAGUUNNAGGCGGAUUGGAAGGCGGAGUGCUGCCUGGAGAAGAACAUCAUCCGCGGCUCUGCUCGCGAGCACAUGUGCCAAAGUGUCUUGUCAAGCCAGGCAGCAGAACGCUACAAGAAUCGAGAUUUGAGCGCCAACGAUGA